ACACCCGGAAAAAGCAUUUCCCUUCUCCGUUAUAUUCUUCACAUUCAACUGCAACCUACAGAUAUGGCCCAAAAGUCAUAUAGCAGGGAAGGUAAAAACUGUGGAAACACGGAUGUGGUGGAAACUUUUGAGGGGUCGUGAGGCGACGCCGACGUCCCGAAUCGUGCGCAAGCGGAACACAGAACGCAAAAAAAAAAUGUCUUUUAUUCGAGAUGCUCCGCGAUGUUUGUGAAAGAGGAAAGAAAAGAGGGAGGCAAAAAAAGAGCAAUGAUUGAAACACCGGGUAAAUUGGUGCGGGGUGUUUGUUGUCCACGAGCUGUGAAGCGGGGGGGGGGGGCUGUUUGCUCUCCACUCCGUGGCGCUCGAGGGCGGUGGAAGUGAGGACGUGGAAGCCGGUUCUGUGGGCGCCACGAGGAGCCCCGGCGCCAAUCCCAGCGGCCCUGGGCGGUGCAGGACGGGGCUGGACGAGGCUGGACGGACUCUUCUCUCCUCCUCCGCCGAGCUCCGUCCACAGUGAAAUUAAUGAGACCGAACGUAUCACUCUCCUCCCGGAGCGGUCAAGACCUCCAGGAAGCGUCGCUGAGAUUUAAACUCGUGUGUGGGAAGUCGUUCCUGACCCGUCAUUAUCAUUGGUGUCGGAUUAAAAUUGGUUUUAUUGGAGAAACUGGCAAGUUGGAACGGAGGACGAAGUGCCGUGUUGUGGAAACUCCGAUUCAGAUGCAACUUAGUCGUCGUGGGAGUUGGAAGAGAGAAACGCACACACAAGUUGGGUGUGCUGAAGGAUCAUGGGUAAUUUCAAGGGUCACGCCUUGCCAGGCACCUUCUUCCUGAUCGGAGGCCUAUGGUGGGCUGGGAAGUACUCCCUUUGUUAUGGCACCCGGAGGAAUCGGAGCCUGGGGCGUUUGGCCGGCAAGGCUGUGCAGCGCCGCCUGGAGAUUGUUGAGGGCUCUGUGAUGCUCUCCUUCUCCGUGAUCGGCAUGCUCGCAGAGCAGUUUGUUCCAGAUGGACCCCAGCUGCGUCUCUAUGACUACGGUGAGCAUCACUGGGACCAUCUCAUGAACUGGCAGCAUGCCACCAUGUACCUCUUCUUCAGCCUGGCUGGCGCCACCUCCUUGGCCGUCCACCUCACGGACGUGGCCCCGCUGGCUCUGGAUCGCAUGCUCCUGGGCAUCGCCUUCUUCACGGAGGGGUUCUUGUUCUUGUACCACCUCCAUGGCCGAGAUAUGCUGGAUGUGCACGUCCACCAGCUCCUGCUGUAUGCCAUCUUUGGGGGGGCUUUGACCGCGUUCCUGGAGAUCUUUCAUCGAGGGAACGUCCUGGUGGAGCUGCUGCGAGCUGCACUAUCCGUGCUACAGGGAACCUGGUUCUGGCAGAUUGGAUUUGUGCUUUACCCCCCAGCUGGAAUGGCGGAGUGGGACCUCAAGGACCACAACAACAUGAUGUUCGUCACCAUGUGCUACUGCUGGCACUUCUCCUUUGCCUUGUUUGCCGUUGCCAUGGUGUAUGGCACUGUGUUCUGGGUGGUGCGCUCCAGGCUGAAGAAGACCCCUACGAUGGAGAUGGGCCUCCUCAAAACCACCGAGAGGGAGCAGGAGUCGGAGGACGAGCUCUAGGCUUAAAUUUCUCAGACUUCAGCAGCCAGUACGAGACUGGCUCCGAGCCCGCAGAAAAUGACAAAGCCGAGGGCAAACACACUUGAAUAUUGUCUGUCCUGUUAUUUCAAAUGUUAUGUUCUGUUUGAUUUUAAGAUCCCCCCCCCCCCCAAAUGACUGGAGCAUUUUCUCAGUCCAUAGGGGUGCCAAAAUGGUUCAACAGUGUUGUAGCGCCAUCAUGUGCCGUGAACUGGAAACAAAUGCACUGGCUCCUCAGUUUAGGAAUGCAAGUGGGUUUGUAACUGCAGUCACUUUUAUCCCCAGGACAUGAGGAAAAGCUUCAUACAGAUCUUUCUGCAGAUUAAGGUCUGUAAAAACAUUGGAUGUAGCUACAAUAAAUUAAGACAAUAUAUGUAUUAAUAAAUUUAGACUUUUUUCUUUUUGUUAAAUUUAAUGCAUCGCAGAGUUAACACUCACUUAAAAGUAUUGAAAGUAAAAAAAAAAAAAAUCUUGCAGUGCAGGAUGUGCCCGUUCUCGUUCUGUGCCUACAGCAUAAACUCUGGACCACCAUGGCCCUAGAUUAGAACAGAUGGUUAUUGACAGCAACUGACUGAAUUACAAUAAAAAUGUCGUCUCCAUGUGCUCAUAAAAUACAGUUCAAAAGUACGUGCGACAUUCCUCAUCUGCCCUCUAUUUUUCAGCUUCCUUUAUUGUGUCCGUGGUAACAGUUUGUCUUAUUUCUCGCCCUGUUUGAGUCCCUGACAAACACCCAAAGGUGAGCUGUAAACACUGGGGAAGCCAGUUGAAUAGAGGCGGUCCUACGGUCCUAUUCUGUUUGGGUGCGUUUUACCCAAACAGAGUCAUUGUGGCAAACAGGAAAAAGUGAAGAAAAUGCAAUAAAGGAAAAAAAACGUAGAAAUUUCGUAGCUUCGCUGUUCGUAACUUGAGGAGCCAGUGUCAUUUGUUUCCCAAAUUCUUUUAUUAUAUGUCACAUCCAGUGCCUCUUCCUUUAGUGCCUUGUUUUUUUUCCAACAUAUGAGUUUUUUUUUUUUUUUUAA